AUGAAGUUCUCUAAUAUUUUGAUUGCUUUAUACGCAUCUUACACUUUGGCAGCUCCAGUUGCUGAAGCUGAGGCUAAUGCGGAGGCAAUUGCCAAUGCUGACCCCGAGGCUCAUGCUGAAGCUCAUCCCUUUGCUGGUUUUGGAAUCAUUAGCUCACUUAUUAGUUCCAAACUUUCUGCAAUCAAGGGCUCUUCAUCUAAAGGCUCUUCAUCUUGCAGCUCUAGCAGCUGCUCAUGUUCCAGCUGCAGUUCUGGUAAAAGCAGCAGCAGCAAGUCCAGUAAGUGGAAGCUUGCCAAGCGCAGGAAUAACAAGAGCUCUGGGACUACAUUGGUUACCGGGACUAUUGGUAUUUUGGGAGGUUCCUCUGGAGUAAAACUCACGGGGACUUCUAGUGGUAGUUGUGGUUCGGGUAGUUCUUCAUGUGGAGGAUCGACUGGAGGCACCACUUCUGGAACGACUUCAGGAACAAGUUCUGGGGGGACUUCCGGUGGUACAACUGGCGGUACUUCUGGCAGCACUACUGGUGGCACUACCAGCGGCACUUCGUCUGGAACUACUGGCGGAACUACUGGUGGUACUUCUAGUGGCUCUAUGUCUGGAACCACUAGCGGUAGUACCGGUAGUACUUCAGGGACUUGUGGUUCUGGCAGCUCGUCUUGUGGGUCAUCCGGGACUACUGGGGGGUCAGGGACUGGUGGAUCCGGUGGUUCAGGAACUGGAGGGUCUGGAGGUUCAGGGACUGGAGGUUCCAGUUCCGGCACUGGUAGCACCGGCGGUUCCGGCACCGGUGGUUCUGGUGGUUCUGGUACUGGAGGCACUGGCGGGUCAGGAACUGGAGGCAGUGCUUCUAGCGGCAACACGUAUUCUUACACUAAGAGUUAUAGCAGUUCCAAUAGCGUUCAGACAACCUAUACAAGUGGAAACACAGGAAACACAGGAAACACAGGAAAUACUGGAUCUACCGGGUCGUCUGGAUCGACUGGUUCGACAAACAAUUCAGGUUCAACAGGAUCUACGGGAUCCACAGGCUCAACUGGGUUAACUGGGUCAACAGGUUCAAAUACUGGUUCUACAGGAUCUACGGGCUCUACAGGAUCUACGGGCUCCACGGGCUCCACAGGCUCCACAGGCUCGACCACAGGCUCCACAGGCUCAACAGGCUCCACAGGUUCGACCACAGGCUCUACUGGAUCUACAGGCUCCACAGGCUCCACAGGCUCCACAGGCUCCACAGGCUCAACUACAGGUUCCACGGGUUCCACGGGUUCCACGGGUUCUACGGGUUCCACGGGUUCCACUGGAGGCACCACAACCACUACGACGACGACGACCUCCAACACAAUUUAUGUUAUGACGAAUGGACUUUUGUGCACGACCCCAGUUUCCGGAUCUGUUGUUUUCUACAGCACCAUUCGCAAUGGAAUUUGUUAUGCAAGCUCUCCCUCGAUUUCAAAUGGUAUAGUUAUCAUCAACAGUAGCGGCCAGUUGCAGGUUGUUUCGAGUGGAAGCACGAGUUGGUCGAUUUCUGGAAGUUAUAUCGUUCCAUCCGGUAGAUCGAUUUAUAGCUGCUCGUAUAGUGGAAGCUUGAGAGUCUUGACAGCAAAAAGUUGCUCUGGAGGAAAGAGUCUGUCUCUGUCUUCUAUUGGCAAGGCGUUUUACCAUUAA